AUGGCGAAUCUAAUACCCAAGAUCCUCCGAAGAACUUCGUCCUCCUCGACCACUAUCGCGGCUGUACUGCACAAACCCUCUCCCCCACACCCGGCGACCUACUCUCGACUCGCCGGCGCUGUCUUCGCUCAGCGAUUCGUGCCGGACCUGACGAUGCCCCGGCCAAUUCCAUUCUUCGGCAUCGGGACCGCGGAGAAGGUGCAGUCUCCGUCGGGGUUCGUUUACCCUAGUUUCCCAUUUGGGCUCGGCUUAAACCCUAUUCCAGCUGCCGGGUUCGAUUUCGUUGAGACCGAGGAUGGUGUUGUUGAUCAUGAUGACCGGACCAUCCGUGCUGAUAGUGUGAAGAAGAAGAGGAAGAAGAAGAUGAACAAGCACAAGUACAAGAAGCUCCGAAAGCGUCUCAGGCGAAAGUCUAGGUCGUGA